AUGCCGACUACAACAACUCACGCGGCUGCAACAGCCACUUCAAAUGGUGCUUUUCCAGCUUGUACCACUGCAGUCCCCGGCAAAUAUGGCCAAGUGCCGUUAGAUGCCUGCAACUCAUCGUACAAUGCGAUCCCAGAGUUUAUUCCUGCAGUGGUAGUGUCCGUCCUCUUUGGCACGCUCACCCUCAUUCAUAUCAUCGAAGCAGUGGUAUACAAAAAGGGAUACACCUGGGUCCUGAUCAUGGGCGGCGCUUGGGAGACAGCAGCCUUUAUUCUACACGUCCUUGGCGCGCAUAACCAACAAAAUGUCGCCUUUGCAACAGUUUGGCAAAUUCUCUUUCUUCUGGCACCGCUCUGGAUCAAUGCUUUUGUCUACAUGACUUUUGCACGCAUUGUCCAUUUCUAUAUGCCAGAUAGAAAAGUAUGGAUUAUCAAAGCCUCACAAAUCUCGAAACUCUUUGUCUUUGCAGACUUCUUUUCGUUUGUGGUUCAGGCUGUAGGUGGAGUCAUGGUCUCUCCCAGCUCUUCCGCCUCUGUUCAACAGACUGGACUGCAUGUCUACGAAGGGGGUAUCGGAAUUCAGGAGCUCUUCAUUGUCAUCUUCUUGGGUCUCAUGAUUACGUUCCAUAUUCGCUUCGUCAAGCUUACGCAAGGACGCCUUUUGCUGCCCGAAGAAGUCAAUUUGAAUGAAGAAAACCAAGGUCGCCGCAACAAUUUCGACGAUCCGAAUGGCUGUUUCUGGCUACUUUACGCUUUAUAUGCCGUCUUAGCAUUUAUUACGAUGCGUAUCAUAUAUCGAUUAAUCGAAUUUACAAAAGGCCUCGACCCUUCCGUUAACGCACUCCCUUUCCACGAAUAUUACUUUUACGCUCUCGACGCGUUCCCCAUGAUGGCUGCUCUCCUCAUCUUGGCCAUCUUCCACCCGGGUCGCUUCAUAAGAGGCCCCAACAGCAGCCUUCGAGACGCAACCCGGGCAGAAAAGAAGAUAAAAAAGGCCGAAAAGAAAGAGCGCGCACAGGCCAAGAAGGAGCAGAAGCAGAUGGCUAAAGAGGCGAAACAGGAGCAAAAGAGCAAGCGCUUAUGUCUCUCCUCAGCAGGUCCUGCUGAGUAUGCUGAGUAA